ACUUCCAUUCUUGAAUUCCUUAUAACUUGAAGAAGAUAACAAUGGCGGGUUCUUCUUCUCCUCCUUGUGCAUCUUGCAAGCUAUUAAGGCGUCGCUGUGCCAAAGACUGCAUCUUUGCACCAUAUUUCCCUUCUCAUGACCCCCACAAAUUCGCCAUUGUUCACAAGGUUUUUGGUGCUAGCAAUGUCAGCAAAAUGUUGCAGGAGAUUCCAGUUGAUCAAAGAGCAGAUGCUGUGAGCAGUUUAGUUUAUGAAGCGAGUGCAAGAGCUCGAGAUCCUGUCUAUGGAUGCGUUGGAGCAAUUUCUUAUCUACAAAAUCAAGUUUCAGAGUUACAAAUGCAGCUCUCAGUUGCUCAAGCUGAGCUAUUUUGCAUUCAGAUGCAGCAGCAAGAGCCUGUAAUAUUUCCAAACCAAGACCAAGAUCAUGAAGUUAAAUCCUCACUUGAUUUAGCGACUAAUAAUAGUAGUGGCAAUCAAAUUCCUCACUAUUAUAACUUUACAUCUUCUAGCAAUGUAACAAUUCAAGACCCUCUCAAGAGAGAGUCUCUUUGGACUUAAUUAAUUAAUUAAGUUCAAUUAUAUAUACAUUUUUUUCCUUUUCUUGAUAAA